CCUGAAAGGGCGCCAGCUUCUCCCGCCGCCGGUGGCAGCACCAGCGGGAAGAAACUCCGCAAAAUAAACAAGCCACCGAAGUCGUACGCAAAGAGUAUCUGGCUCGUGGGCCACAUCAUGACGCUGGGCUUCGGUGUGUUCUACUCGCUGUACUACUUCCAGAGAAAGUCGCAGCACCGUCUUGUCCCAUGGGUGUGCUACAAGCUGACGUUGAUGGGUGUAUGGACCGCGUAUGUGACGUCGAUCCAGUCGCAGUACAACAUCAAGUCUUUGCCCCACUACACAACCUUGGUAGCCACCGAGAACUUCCAGUACCUCUUGUUGAGCGUCAUGUGGUUUUUCAACAGAAACUCCUUUUUCAAGAUCCUCCCAUUCAUGAUUGUGUCUCUUUUGCAGAUCGCCACCUCCUGCAAGCUCACGGCCAUCCUCAAGCUCGAGACCCAGUUGAGCAAGGUUGUCUUGUACGACGAGCUCUUCCUCUUUGUGUUGUUGCUCGUCGACACCCUCCUCUUGAGGGGCACAUCGGGUUAUGGAUUGGUCACCUACUGCAUGUUCAUGUGGUUGAGAAUUCUACAGAGCGAGAACACCAGAUUCUUCCUCUAUGACAACCUGAUCAAGCUCGACUCCCAGAUCUCCAAGAUUAAGAACCCAAAGGUCCAACAAGGCUGGCUGGGUGUGAAAAAGUUCUUGUCUUACAAGCAGGCAAAC